AUGACGCUUUCUCCUUCAAUACUCACCAAUAAUUUCUCACCAGAAAUAAAGCAAGAAAAUCCAUUAUCAGUAAUUUUUAAAGAGGGAUUUUUUCCUUUUAAUGCUAAACUAAAAAUGGAUGGUUUGGCUUUAUUAAAAUAUCUGAAAAAUUGUUCGGCUAGGGUAAUUUUUUUUGAUCCACAAUACCGGGGAGUGUUGGAAAAAAUGAAUUACGGCAAUGAGGGUGAAAGACAAAUAGAAAGAAGCAAAUUGCCACAAAUGAGCGAAGAAUUUGAAAUAAAAGUCGGAUUGGUAUGGGGUAUCGCACCCGUCGUAUUCCAGAAAGAUCACCCUCACCAAAAACCCCGAGAUUUACAAAAAGUUUUAAUUGAGGCGGUUUCUAACCCCGGCGACCUUAUUGUUGAUCCGGCUGCCGGCGGUUACUCGGUAUUGGAAGCUUGCUUACUCACCAACCGAGUUUUUUUAGUGUUUGACAAUGAACAAUUGGGAGCACUAAUAAGCAGAGUUCAUUCGGCUUCUAUCUCUUCAGGCCUUGAAUUAGAAAAACUUAUUUUGGAAAAAAGUGAUUUAUUUUUAGUCCAAACCACGGAAGAGAUGGAAAAGUUGCUUACUAAUGGCGAAAAGUUUGAUAAAAAA